AGCAGAUGGCACUGCCACCCAGGCCAGAGGAUGCAGCCAGCAGGUCCAGCAGGUCCAGCUGCCCUGGCUAAGGCCCAAGCUGUCAGGACAGACUGAACAGGCUUCUCCCUACACCCCUGCUCUUGAGGCACUGUGCCCUUUGGCUCCAGCAGGCCAGCAGUUGGGGGAGAGGCAACUUCUCUGCUCAUGGUCCUGGCUCUCCUGCUCCCUGGGGCUGCCUGAGGUGAAGGUGACAGGUGGGGGAGGCAGGUGAAGAAUUGGGCCAGUGAGCUCAUGACAAAGGCGCCUGGAGGGCGGGGAUGAGUUCUCUGGCCUAUAUAGCCCCCAGUGCCCUGUGGCCUGCAGAGGCAGUCAUGGACAGCACCAUGGAGGGGCCCCUGGAGAACUCCGAGGCUGUGCAGAGGGCCACAGCGCUCAUUGAGCAGCGGCUGGCUCAGGAGGAGGAGAGUGAGAAACUGCGCGGAGCCGCCCAGGGGAAGCUGCCCAUGGACAUGCUGGUGCUUGAGGAUGAGAAGCGCCUUGGUGCCCAGAAUACGGCUUUACAAAAGGUUAAGGGCCAAGAGCGCGUGCGUAAGACAUCCCUGGACUUGCGGCGGGAGAUCAUCGAUGUGGGCGGGAUCCAAAACCUCAUCGAGCUGCGGAAAAAACGCAAGCAAAAGAAGCGGGAAGCCCUGGCUGCCGCCCAGGAGCCGCCUCCAGAGCCGGAGGAGAUCACUGGCCCCGUGGAUGAGGAGACAUUCCUGAAAGCAGCAGUGGAGGGGAAAAUGAAGGUCAUUGAGAAGUUCCUCGUAGAUGGAGGUUCAGCUGACACCUGCGAUGAGUUCCGACGGACAGCACUGCACAGAGCCUCCCUGGAGGGCCACAUGGAAAUCCUGGAGAAGCUUCUGGAAAGUGGGGCCACCGUGGACUUCCAGGACCGGCUGGACUGCACAGCCAUGCAUUGGGCCUGCCGCGGAGGCCACUUGGAGGUGGUGAAACUCCUGCAAAGCCGAGGAGCCGACACCAAUGUGAGGGAUAAGCUGCUGAGCACUCCAUUGCACGUGGCGGUCCGCACAGGACAUGUGGAGAUUGUGGAACACUUUCUAUCCCUGGGCUUGGACAUCAAUGCCAGAGACAGAGAAGGGGACAGUGCCCUGCAUGAUGCUGUGAGGCUCAACCGCUACAAAAUCAUCAAGCUGCUGCUCCUGCAUGGAGCUGAUAUGAUGAGCAAGAACCUGGCAGGAAAGACCCCCACAGACCUGGUGCAGUUGUGGCAGGCUGACACCCGGCACGCGCUGGAACAUCCUGAGCCAGGCACAGAGCAGAAUGGGCUAGAGGGGCCUGGGAGUGGGCGCCAGACUCCUCAGCCCGUGCCAGCCCAAUAAAUUCCUGCCCUAGCCCAGCCAGGCACCUGGCUCCUCCCAUGUGCAGCCAGAUGGUCUCAGUAUGGCCCAAGAGCUAACUGAAGACCCAGCCACUUCCCGCAUGAUCCAGGAGCACCCACAAACUCUCACAAUAAAAAUGUUCUU